AGCCCCAGGCGUGCGGAGUGUUGCGGGGAGCGCGCUGGCUGUGCACGCUUGACCAGGUUCCCGGACCGGCGCUGUCCUAGCGAGAGAGAAAGGACAUUUGCCUACAAUGAGACACGAGGCGCCCAUGCAGAUGGCCUCUGCACAGGAUGCCAGGUUUGGUCAGAAAGACUCCUCUGACCAGAACUUCGACUACAUGUUCAAGUUGCUGAUUAUUGGCAAUAGCAGUGUGGGUAAAACAUCGUUCCUGUUCCGCUAUGCCGAUGACUCCUUUACAUCUGCAUUCGUCAGCACGGUUGGCAUCGAUUUCAAAGUAAAAACUGUAUUCAAAAAUGAGAAGAGAAUCAAGCUUCAGAUUUGGGACACAGCAGGUCAGGAAAGAUACAGGACCAUCACCACAGCCUAUUAUCGAGGGGCCAUGGGCUUCAUUUUAAUGUAUGACAUCACAAAUGAAGAAUCCUUCAAUGCUGUACAAGAUUGGUCAACUCAGAUCAAGACAUACUCUUGGGAUAAUGCCCAGGUUAUCCUGGCUGGAAAUAAAUGUGACAUGGAAGACGAACGGGUCGUCUCAACCGAGAGAGGACAGCGCUUAGGAGAACAGCUCGGGUUUGAGUUUUUUGAAACCAGCGCCAAGGAUAACAUCAACGUGAAGCAAACCUUCGAGCGCCUCGUAGAUAUCAUCUGUGACAAAAUGUCAGAGAGCCUGGAGACCGACCCAGCCAUCACGGCCGCAAAGCAGAGCACGAGGCUCAAGGAAACCCCUCCUCCACCGCAGCCCAACUGUGGCUGCUAAUGUCCUACACACAGAAGCUCCAAAGGGCUCUGGAGCAGCCAAGAAACAGCAUUAUAAAUGGUCUAUUAGCCUUCAAUUAUACUGCCUAAUAAUUAUUUGAAGGAAGUCUUUGAUAUCAGUGGUCCAUAUAUGCAUUCAAACCGUGAGCAAUUUCCUGUGUUAAUAUGUGGCAAAUUUGCCCUUAUCUUUGUAAGGAUCAUUCAUCUAUAAACACCUGCUGCUUGCAUGUUACCUUA